AUGCGCCUAGCAAACGCUCUCGUGGUGUUAAUAGUCGUUUAUGUUGCAAGCGUCAGAGCCACAUUGGCGCCUUCUGACAAGUCCAGACUACUUGGACAAGCGACCUCCACGAAUGUCAGCGAUAGACCUCUAUCGAGCUACGACAAGAACAAUGGCGACAACACCAACACCGAAGAACGAGCUAUCAACUUGUCUGAUGCCAAACAAUGGAUCAAAACGAUGUUCAAAAACUGGUACCAGAAAUGGCGCGACAUAAGACGCGAGAAGGCAACUAAGGAGCUGACUAACGAUGUCUCCCCAGAAACUGUCGAUAAAAUGCUUCAAAAUGAGCCAUUCAAGCGCGAGAUGUUUAAGAAAUGGAACAAAUACAGGAUGGAGGACAUCAAGCUGAAACUCGGCCAAGAAAGGCUCAACAACGAAGGCGUUGCAAAAAUGCUAGUAAACUACGUCCAGGACUAUCGAGUUUACAGAAACAUUCGAGGCUGGAGAGAGGUAAAGUAA